AUGAAGCUGGAAAGCGAGAUCUUCAUUGUGUUCAGCCUGGGGCCCAGGUUCCUGCUGAAAGAUGGUCCCCAGCUGCAGGCCUGGCUGCGCUACAGAGGCCGUGAGCACUGGGUGCGCAGCUGUCACCAGCACCUGUGCAGCGAGCACCUCAUACCCUCCUGCUUCCAGUGGCGCUGGGGGGUGCGCUACCUACAACUAGACACCACCCACCCAGUCCGACCCUGGGAGCCUCAUCCCAGGCCAUUCAGCACCCCCAUCUUUUCUUACAGAGGCAGCAGGAUUCCCCACAAAGGAACUGGAAGCCAGUGGCGCCUCGGCUUGUGCAGCAAGCCCCACCUAUGCCCCUGCCCGCGGGCGGGUGCACCUGGCCCCGCCCCCGGCCACCGAGCUGCUGACACCCCUGCCCCUGACCCCACUGGAGUGGGGGGCUGUGGUGGUGUCGGUCCUCAGCACCCUGGGGCCGGGCUGGGCGCGGCGCUGAGGGAGCUGCAGCGGAGGGUGCAGAGGCUCCAGUGGCGGCAGGAGCGGCACCGGGUGCAGCAGCGGGCUCUGCAACAGCUGGCAGGGCUAGCCGAGCUCUCUGGGCCUCAGGGAUCCCAAGCUUUCACCAUCAUUGGAGGGCAUGACAUAGCCAUCAUCCUUGCCUGAGUUCCUGCAUCUCACACAAUGGACGUCACAUCUGAGCUCCAGGACACUCGAGCCCCUAGCACAUAAGGACCUGGACAAGUGGUGUCACAGGAUAGAUGACAGAAGACAGAGGAAGAAAGACUCAUCACCCACAUCUGGGGUAUAUGUAACAGUGGACUCAAGGGUGUGGCUCCCAACAUAAGCUCCUAGGGAUUACUUGAAAUUUAGGAUGGACCUGGGCUCAAGAUGCCCAGCAACAAUGAUACCCCUGUGUACCAGUUCCCUGUCAUCCUUAGCUUGAAUAUUUGUAGUCAGAAAGACAGCCUUAGAGCAGAAUAAUGAUUGUUUGUCUGGGAAAGGUUGCAUUUGGUUCUCAAGAAACCCUCAUGCCUGUUGCCAAGCCUAGUGCCACAUUGAGGAUACAGCAGUGAACAUAGCUGGUGAAAUCCUACCUUCAGGCCAGGGAGGAAGCACAACAGUAGUGGACAAGCCUUGCCUUUCAGAGGUCCCAGGUUUUAUCCCUGGUAUCAUUAAAUAGUAACUGAGCAGUGGCCUGGUUAGAAAAAAAGGGGGUGCUAGGAAAACAGCAUGAAGGUUAUACAAAUAACUUUCAAAUCUGAGGCUCUCAGGUCCCAUGUUCAAUUCCCAGCACCACCAUAAGCCAGAGCUGAGCAGUACUCUGGUAAAAAGAAAAGGAGGGGUGUGUGUCCUAUCAUGGCUCUCCCAUCCUAUUUGAG